AUGUUCGAAACAGUUUUCAAAAAACAGCCAAGUCAUCUUUCAAAUGAACAACGUAUCUUACUCACGUAUUAUCCAAACGAGAUUACUUGGUACCAAGGUAAUAGACGCCAAGAAAUAAUUGAACGAAUUCGACAUACUCAUCUCAAGUGGUUCAAUAGUUGGCUUGGCGAACAUAAUACUGGUCGGCCAUCCUAUGUCAUGUGGAGUCCAGUUAUGGUUGAUAUCAUGCAACAUAUAACCAACUUACUUUUUCGAAUAGAUCUUGAUGAUAACAUUAGCAGCAGUGACUCACGCAAUGAAUUUCGACAAGUUGCAAAUACUAUCAAAUAUAUUCUAUUAUCUAUCAAUCAAUCGAAUCCAAUAGCUAUCGAUCUAGCAGCUAUACCACUUGUUCAAGAACUUCUUUUGAUUCUUUUCUAUUUUACUCUGGACAGAGAACUUGUUAAUCAUCUUAAAAGUCUUCAAUUGGUUGAUAUUAUGCAUAGACUUUUACGAACACUAAGCAAACACGAUGAAAUUAAUUUACAAGCUCAUCGAAUUCUUGCAAUUAUCAUGAAUGAAGCCGACAUAAAGCAGCUGCAAAAUUCGGCUAGAAUUACUGCAAUUUUUAUUAGUUUUAUUAAUGAUGCUAUUAACGGUGGUAUUCCUUAUGAAGCUCGUCUACAUAAUAGCCUUCGUAGUCUUAAAGUAUUAACACAACACGAUCAGAUUCGUAAAGAAUUAAUCAAACAAAAAGGAGACUCCGUUUUUCUUCGAUGUGUUGUCGAAGAUCAAUUCAAUAUACUUAAAGCAAAACUUCCUUCACUAGAGAUUCUUCUUACAUUAGCCUUCAACAAAGAUUUUGCUAUUUCUCUGAGAGACAAUAUAACUUUUAUGAAUCAUAUUCGAUCAUUAGCUUUAUCAUCAGAAAGAAGUCUACAACUAGUAGCUACGGCAUUGAUAUGGAAAUUAGAAAAAAAUUUCGAAACAACGAUCAAGAUAGUUCAAGAACGAGCACCGCCAAGUUCUUCAUGGGUCAAAACUAAGAAACAAUAUGAUAUUAUGAUAAGUUAUUCGCAUAGUGACAAAAAACUCUGUCAUCACAUUUUAGAUCUUCUCGAAAAAGAUCAAUUGCGUGUAUGGAUCGAUUCUCGAUUAAUAGAUGAUGUUACAUUUGAUUCUGUGGUUGAAGCGAUUGAGAAUGCAGAAUUUGUAUUUAUUUGUAUGUCUGAUGCUUACAAGCAGAGCCCUUUAUGUGAACUGGAAGCUACUUAUGCAGUUAAAUGUCAGUGUCACAUUAUUCCAUUAGUGAUGACAGACAACUACAAGCCUGAUGGAUGGCUUGGAAUCUUAACAUCAGCACUGGUCAAUAUCGAUUUUUCGAAACUUAAUUUAGAUAAAGCUUAUCAAGAACUUAAGAACCAGAUUAAUUUAAUUCAUUCGAAUGAUUCAUAUUCAGCAGCUGCUCCACAAAAUCAAAUGUAUUAUAAUCAUAGUUCACAACUAGAUUGUGUUAUACCAACAACCGUUUCGACUAAGGAAAUAAAGAAAAAUGUUUGUUCAAUUGUGGAAUAUCCAUAUUGUAUUGAUAUGUGGACUGAAGACCAUGUUACAUCAUUUCUACUUGCUAAAGAACUCGACAUUCUUCUGCCAGCUUUCGAAGGUAUGAAUGGCCGUUUAUUACACAACAUUUAUGAUAUGUGCAUAUCAAGUCAACAAGUUAUGUUUUCAUUACUGAAAGAAGACGUUGCUAGAUCUCAACUUACGAAAACGCUCAGUUUGAAAAGCUAUUUUUCUUUUCUCGAAGAAAUCAAAGUUUACAUUCCAUUGAAAAUGUGCAAUGGUGCAAAUUCAACAUCAGUCAUUUGUAAUCUUAUGUAA